CUGCCUGUCUCGUCCUGGGUUGUAUGAUUUUUCCUGAUGGCUGGGAUUCAGAUGAGGUAAAACGGAUGUGUGGUGAAAAGACAGACAAGUACACGCUGGGGGCUUGUUCAGUCCGCUGGGCAUAUAUCCUGGCGAUUAUUGGAAUCUUGGAUGCCCUGAUCCUCUCAUUUCUGGCAUUUGUGCUUGGCAACAGACAAGACAGCUUGCUAGCAGAGGAGCUCAAGUUGGAAAACAAAG